AUGUACAUUACCUCAAAGAACAUAAGCAAAAUUGCCCGGAUAGGCGAAAGAGGCCUCACUUCUCCUCCCACGACUACUCUCUAUCCCGUAUUUUCAUCUAAGCCUUCGGUCACAAAACCCAAAACUGAGCAAGUCAGUCAGGGAAAGCUUAAUAAGGUCGACAAUCCUUGCAAGAGGUCAGACACCGAUUCGGAGGCUGGCCCUAGUUGUCAAUUACCUGUUCGGCCGGCGCCACCUGCUCAGUCUGCGUCAGUUUCUCAGACCGAGAAGAUCGAGAAAGGCCGAAAGGAAGCUUUGGACGCUCUGACGUCAAAACCUAAUGAGCCGACCAAGUACCCGAAGAUCACUGACGUGGCAAAUCUAUUUGUGGGUACUUCGAAUGAUCAGGCGUCUAUAAUGCAGUCCUUGGGACAUUCCGCGCAGGGUGAGAGAAAACACAUCGUCGAAGAAAAACAAAAGAAUGACGCGAGUCUGAAAGAAAAUGAAGGGUACAUCGCUCAGAACACGGCCUUGAUGAACCAGAAGAAGGCAGACUUGGACGCAAAGGCUGAAGCGGAAAAGGCUGCAGACAAGGAAAGAUAA